AAAGAGAGUUUAAGAGAAGGGGGAGGAACGGAGACAAAAGAGAGAAAGAGAAUAAAAAUUAGGGAUAAAGUUGUAUUUUGAGGUCUAAAUUAGUAAGUUUUAGAAUGUUUUAGGCCGACGUGGUAGUAUUAUCACAGACCUGAGGGUAAGUUUGUGAAAUUUACCGAAAGAGAACUAAUAAAACGGCGUCAUUCGAAAGCCUAAACUCGAAUCGAUUGCUAGUGAAGUCAUUGGUCGUUACAUACAUCCUCCUUCCCUUGCGUGAAAUGGCGUGCAGCACUUACAAUUAUCUUCACCUCCCUCACAAAAUCCGAUACUCACUCGCUUCUUCCCUCUUUAUCUCCAAACCUUCUCAUGCUUUUCCCAGUACAUUUACCACACCGUUUCCUUCUCCAUCUCACACUCCAAUCAAAUUUAAUGUAUCCGUAAAAUUCAGUACCCAGUCAGUUUCAGUUUCACCCACCAAUACAUUCACCUGGGACGACGUCGUUCGGAUUUCUCAACCGGAUAGCGUUCCACAUGAUUCUUCGGACCUCUCAGGCUUCUUCCAGAAAGUCAAAAUCUGCAAUCGCGGAUCGGAAAAGCAAUUUGAGUUUCUUCCAUUUGUCAUUGAAGACCAAAUCGCUGGUUAUAUUCAUAAUGGUUUUGCUAACCAUUUAAGGAGGUUCAAGGAUGUGUUUAUAUUUCCUCAAGAUAAUUCUUAUGGAGGCUGCAUUGGCAGCCAUGUGACCUUACACCCGAUGCUGAGGACACCCGAUGAUAGGACUAAUGCAGUUGGAGAUGUGGUCAAAUUUUUGGGGGAAGAACUAAUUCCAGGUAUACGGAACGAGCUAUACCCUGUGACAUCAUCCUUUGGUGCACCAAUCUUUUUUUCACUGGAACGUGCUGCAGCUCCUUACUUUGGAAUAAAGGCUUAUGGGGUUCACAUGAAUGGCUAUGUUGAGAAGGAUGGGCAAAAACUUUUGUGGAUAGGGAAGAGAAGUCAAAUGAAACCCACUUAUCCAGGGAUGCUUGAUCAUCUAGCUGCUGGAGGACUGCCUUAUGGGAUUGCUUGUGGUGAGAAUCUUGUGAAGGAAUGUGAAGAGGAAGCAGGAAUACCCAAAUCCAUUUCUAAAGAGGCUAUACCAGUUGGCGUUGUUUCCUAUAUGGACAUUGAUGGUUACAGAUAUAAGAGAGAUGUUCUAUUUUGUUAUGAUUUGAAGCUGCCUGCAAGCUUUAGACCUGAGAAUCAAGAUGGAGAGGUGGAUAGCUUCAAGUUGAUUCCUGUGACACAUGUAGCAAACGUCAUACAGAGGACACAGUUUUUCAAGUCAAAUUGCUCUCUUGUCAUCAUUGAUUUCUUGUUUCGACACGGCAAUAACAAUGAUUUUUCUGCCAAUAGCCGUAUACUAGUUAUGGAACAGACAUGGUAACUAGUUGCCAUCUUGCCCAAUAUCCAUCAUUAACAAAUUAUCAAAAUGAAUAUUUCUCCUGAUUUUUCACAACCAAGCUCACUUCAUCUGUUCCACCCCCACCCCACAUUGAUUUGUUACUUCAUUUUCAUUUGUUACAGCUACCUUGAAAAAUGGGGCAUUUGUUUAAAGCCCUUAUAUAUGGGAGAACUAAAACUUUAAGCUAAUGCUGAAUUUGACUAAAGCUUUCUUAUAUGCCCUAAAUUGUCAGAACUUCACAUAUGAAGGUUGUUUGGGGAGAGUGUGAACCUUAGCAGAUCUAAUUCUUGACAAAUUAAAAAGGCCUAGGGAAAUCUGAAUAUGAUUGCAAGUGCAUCCCCAGUGGCCUCUUCACAUUCAUUGGGCCCUUAAAUGGUUCUUUCAGGGUUGAUUGUUUCCUAUGAACUUCCCUUGUGUGUCAAAUGCCAUUUGGGAAGACUCAACAAAAUUAACUUUUGGUUCAAUACAUUGAUGUUAGUAGUGGGAAAAAAGGAAUACAAAGGCAGCCCACAGCCCCAGUGGCAUCACUACCACAAUGAGCAAAAUCUGGUCUAAUUGACUUUGAAAAAUAAUAUGCGCCAUUAAGUUAAUAUAUCUCUUCUAAUUAAUUGCCUCGUUUUGUCAAUCUGCAGGUGUAUGAAAUGGCUUUUUAAUAAACAGACCUAUAGUAUAGUUUCUUAAUGAACUGCUAUGAGUAGUACAUCUACAGCAUAAUUUUAACCUUAAAACUCUAACUUUUAU